AGUAACAACAAAAAUAAUCUUGCUCCAAAGAAAAUCAAUAAAUACGAGAUCAACGACAAAAAACAAUCAAGGAAGAAUCUUACGCCUACUACGCCUAUACCAAUUCAUGUUUCUAAACUUCCACCUACCACUAAUAUUCACACAAACGUUCAUACAACUGAUCGUAAUGAUACUGCUCCUCCUCCAAAAAAUGUAACUUCACCUACACCUUCUUCUGCUCCAUCAUCUUCAUUAUUUACACCAAUACCACCACUUUCAGUAUCUUUAUUACCACCAUCCACCAAAACCAAUCACCAGGACGCUAAACAAACAAAUUUUAUUGGCAAUCAAUCUUUUGGUAAUUAA